AACCUUUUUGUUACUGGCUAAGCUGCUGGUUCAGUCCAUCGUCACAGCCAAUUUCUAACUCCAAAUCUCAAAUCCGGACUUCGUCAACACCACAAUCCCUGCUCUUCAACGCGAUUCCGUGUUCAAUUUUCCUUACAUCUGGUCAAACUUCUUGCUCGAUUCGGAAAAUUACCAAAGAAUUUGUUCGGACCAACUCCAAAAUCUUUUAAUUCUUCGAGCGUUUGAGCACAUUCUUCGGUUUUUUGUGCGAAGACGAUGAUGGCUGAGGAUCUCGGUGUUGAAGCAAAGGAGGCAGCGGUUCGCGAGGUCGCGAAACUGUUGCCUCUUCCGGAGCUUCUUCAAUCAAUUUCAUCCAUCAAGGCAGAUUACAUUUCACGCCAACAGGCCAAUGAUGCACAGCUUAGUACAAUGGUAGCAGAGCAGGUAUUCUUUUAAUUGAUGAAAUACCAGCUGGUUAGAUGCAGGUUAUUGAAAAAGUUUAACCUUUUAGUAGUUGCACUUUUUCCUCAAAUACAAUGUCAUGCAUUAUCUGCAUAUUGCAUGUUUCAAUUAGCUUCUGAAAAAAAUCAUAACAAAGCAGUGUCAUUUGAUCCAUGUAACCAACUUCACUUGGUGGGAAAAUGCUUUUGUUUCCAAAUUGGUCAAGAGAGCUUUAAAAUGAAAAGAUUUUUAUAAUUACAAAAUAUGCUAAUGAAAAUGUGUGAUGAGAAAGUUGCUACAAUUUUAGCUUGUUUUUGUUAACUUCAAAACUUAUGGGAGCUGUUAGCAGCUAACUAUACACUAAAGGAAGAAAAAUAAAAAAAUUGUUUAUAGAGAAAUUAAAAUUAUGGGCAGAUCUUUUGCUCCUUAUCUUUUGAUUAAGGAGUGUGUAAAUAAUUAAUGAACUCAGAAAUAGGUGUAUAGAAAAGGGCUGUUUUGUCCACCACUAUAUGGAAGCAAAAGACUAUUGUGAGUCUAACCUCUAAAUAACCACGUGACUGACAAUUUUAAGUGGUUACUUAAGGGCAUGUAAAUGCACUUUAUCGUUCUAUUAUUAUCCCUUUCCCCUUGUCAAACCCCAAUAAAUGUAGACAAUUUGCAGUCUUAUUACUAGCUUACGCUAAAACUGAAGGGUGCUUAGGGUAUUUUAUACUAAAAAUAUCUCGGGAUGUGGACAACUGGGAUUUAAUUCAGACCACAAAAGAUGGCCUAGUUUAUAGAUUGUGACAUCACUGUGUUAUUAUGUCUAGCCCAUUAAACAUGCAAUGCCUUGUACAAGCUGUAGCUCUUGAUAUUGAAGUGAAUGAACUGAGGCACCACAAUCGCACAUCUUCAUGUGCUUUGCGAAAAUCACUCUACUGCAGGUUGAGCAGUCACAGGCAGGACUCAAAUCACUCUCCUUCUCUGAGAAGACGAUAGAUCAGCUUCGUGAAAACUUUGUCUCCAUUGAGAAGUAUGUUAUAAGUGUGAUAGACAAACUGUUAUCACUUCUUAGAUGGUGGUUGUUUUCUCUUGCAUAAACUUGUACCCUCGAUAUUUUUCACUUUGAGCUUACUGUGAUUUUCCUGGUGCAUCAGGUUAUGUCAGGAGUGCCAAACAUUAAUCGACAACCAUGACCAGAUAAAGCUACUUAGCAAUGCGAGAAAUAACUUAAACACAACCUUGAAGUCUUUUGAUAGGAUGUUGAAGGUAUGAUGUCUAUUUCUGUUGAGGCAGCAGAGGCUCGGGAUUCUUUGAGUGAUGACAAAGAAAUUGUCAACACUUAUGAGAGGUUAACAGCUUUGGAUGGAAAGCGAAGGUUUGCAUUAGCAGCUGCAGCAUCUCACAAGGAAGAGGUUGGAAGACUAAGAGAAUAUUUUGAAGACGUAGAUCGAACCUGGGAAACCUUUGAGAAGACACUAUGGGGCCACGUUUCCAAUUUUUAUAAACUUUCUAAAGAAAGCCCACAGACUUUGGUUCGAGCUUUACGGGUUGUUGAAAUGCAAGAGAUCCUAGAUCAGCAGAUUGCAGAAGAAGCAGCUGAGGCUGAAGGGGAUGGUGCGAUGGCAUCAGUUGCAAAUCCUCGUAGGAGUGGCGUAAAAUCUACAAGUACAAUGGGUUCUUCGAAAAAUUUAACACAGCAAAAAUUGAAGGUUCAGGGGAAAGGCUAUAAGGAUAAAUGCUAUGAACAAAUAAGGAAGACUGUAGAAGGACGCUUUAGCAAGCUACUCAAUGAGCUUGUGUUUGAGGACCUGAAAGCCGCUUUAGAGGAAGCAAGAGCGAUUGGGGAGGAACUUGGAGAUGUCUAUGACUAUGUAGCCCCUUGCUUUCCUCCAAGGUAUGAAAUAUUCCAAUUAAUGGUAAAUCUGUACACUGAGAGGUUUAUUCAGAUGCUAAGGUUGCUUAGCGACAGGGCGAAUGAACUAACAAACAUUGAGAUAUUAAAGGUAACUGGUUGGGUGGUUGAAUACCAAGAUAAUUUGAUUGGGCUUGGUGUCGACGAGUCUCUUGCCCAAGUGUGCUCUGAGAGUGGCGCAAUGGAUCCUCUUAUGAACUCUUAUGUUGAGAGAAUGCAAGCUACAACUAGAAAAUGGUACUUGAAUAUUCUGGAGGCUGAUAAAACACAACCCCCAAAGAAAACUGAAGACGGGAAGCUAUAUACUCCAGCUGCUGUUGAUCUAUUCAGGAUACUUGGUGAGCAAGUGCAAAUUGUUCGGGAUAAUAGCACUGAUCUUAUGUUAUACAGAAUUGCCUUGGCAACUAUUCAGGUAAUGAUUGAUUUUCAAGCAGCUGAAAAGAAGAGACUUGAAGAACCAGCUUCUGAAAUUGGUCUGGAGCCUUUAUGUGCCAUGAUUAACAACAAUUUGCGGUGCUAUGAUCUUGCAAUGGAGCUAAGUAAUAGCACCAUAGAAGCCCUUCCACAGAACUAUGCUGAGCAGGUUAAUUUUGAAGAUACCUGCAAGGGUUUUCUCGAGGUUGCUAAGGAAGCUGUACAUCAAACUGUUAGUGUGAUAUUUGAAGAUCCUGGUGUCCAAGAGUUGCUGGUCAAACUGUACCAGAAAGAAUGGAGUGAAGGGCAAGUUACUGAGUACUUGGUUGCAACAUUUGGUGAUUAUUUUGGUGAUGUAAAAAUGUACAUUGAAGAAAGAUCUUUUAGGAGAUUCGUUGAAGCCUGCUUGGAAGAAACAGUAGUUGUUUAUGUUGAUCAUCUUUUAACACAGAAAAAUUACAUUAAGGAAGAAACUAUUGAACGGAUGAGACUAGAUGAGGAGGUUAUCAUGGACUUUUUUAGGGAACAUAUUAGUGUUUCUAAAGUUGAAAACAGAGUGAGUGUACUUAGUGACUUGAGAGAGCUUGCAUCGGCAGAGAGCUUGGAUACCUUCACACUCAUUUAUACAAAUAUACUUGAACAUCAACCUGACUGCCCGCCUGAAGUUGUCGAGAAACUUGUUGGUCUACGAGAAGGAAUUCCUCGGAAGGAUGCCAAGGAGGUCAUACAAGAGUGCAAAGAGAUAUAUGAAAAUUCUCUUGUUGAUGGAAGACCACCAAAGGCAGGUUUUGUUUUUCCACGGGUGAAGUGCUUAACAGUAUCUAAGGGUGGGCUUUGGCGUAAACUCACUUGAAGUAUGAUUCCAUUCACUUGUUCACAUAGCUUGUUUUGCCUUUUAAUUUAUUUGUUACUUGUGCAUAAAUCCCAAAAAGUUAUUCCAACAAUAGAUAAGUUUUGUAAACACUUACCUUCAUGUAAGUCGUUACUUCAUCAUAUCUUUACUGUAUAUUUCAGCGCCCAUUUUCAGUUUUACUAUGCUCCAAAAUGUGCUGUUGACAUUUUCAAGAUU